UCUGUAUUUUUAAUUAGUACAGCAGUCAUCGUCUGGACAGAGUUAUAUAGUGAAUACUACAGAAAAUGAUCGGUCUACGUGUGCUGUUGGGUAUAUCUCUGCUAGUCGUCCUUAUGAAUAUUUUGGCGGUUAAGGCGGCAUCAAUAAGAGUUUGCUAUCAACCUCCUUUAUCUGGUGGGUGUUAUGCUCUCUUUCGGCGCUACUACUAUAAUCCCGCUUCGGGGAGGUGCCAAAUAUUUACUUACGGUGGCUGCGGUGGAAAUAGCAAUAACUUUGUAACUCUAAGGGCUUGUGUAGCUAGAUGCGGUGGAAAGUGAACAACAGCAUAUACACGGAUUUUUUUUUUUUAACUUAAACCUAAUUCCUUUUACGUACGGUGGCGGACAAAAAAAAUAGGAAUGCGAUAUUUUAAAUAAACUUUGGUAAUUUUUUAUU